CUUAGAAUUAAGACAACACCAACGAAGAAUAAGACGGGCUUGAUAUAUCAUUUCGAAUCCUCAUUGGGAUGCGUUAUCUGCGCUGAUCGUAUAAAUACAGCACCUAGUUAGUUAGAUGCACUAGUUGCACCAUUCUUCUUAAUCCUUUACCUGAUUGAGUAAAGCGUUUAUUCCUGCGUUUCACUUCAUUUUGCGAUCAUUCCGUUCUUCAAAGUACAUCUCCGGAUCAUCAUCGUCUAUCGUAUUGUUAUCAUAGUAUAAUCAUCGGAAUAUUUCCUCAAAUGCCUAAAUUCUCUCCUGUCGCUUCUUACGUUCUUGGUGCAGCAUGUUUCGGCCGGGGUUUAAUGGCCCUCAUCUGGCCAGAAGAAGAUUACGCCCAUGUCGGAUUACCGCUCGAAUCUGAAGCAACCCCGCCUUACGAUGGCCCUAGCUUAGGCUUCGUCUCGCCGCUUAUGUACUUCAAGGGUAUCCGCGAGAUGUCCUACGGCGCUACACUGAUAGCGCUACAGUGGGGAGGAAACCAAAGAGAUAUCACGACGUUUGCAACGAUAUUGUCGUUUGUGCGAUUUGGCGAUGGGCUGGUGGUUUGGUUAAAGGGCGGGGAGAAGCUGAGAUAUAGGGCAUCAGGCCAUUGGAUCACCGGCGCUGGCUUUCUUUGGUGGGUGCUUUGGAGGUGGAACCGUUUAGGAUAUUUCAGGUGGUUAUGGGGUUAGAAAUGGGGGGCGUUGAACUGCGCUACGGGUACUGAUCUGUGCUGAAAACCCCAGAGGUUGGGAACAUACAGGGCACCGACACGCCUACCUAUCUAUAUGCCGCGGAGGCACCUAUCUACUCCCUAACUUAUGGAUCGGGGGUAUGUAAUCAUCACAGCCUAUCGAAUGAAAUCACGAUAACCUAAGCUAUAUACACAAUGCUUC